GCUUCUUCUUCUUCCUCCUCUCUAUUUUCAUUUGCUUUUCUUGGGUUCUGGUUAUUUAGUCUGUUAAAGCUUUCUCAUGCUUCGUUGUGCGUUGCUCUGAUUAGCUUUGGCGUGCUCUGUUACACCCGGAACCAGAGGGGAAUUUCGUUUCCUCUUCCUCGCAAACAGAAAAGAGAAAAAGCUUAUAUAUACACGAGUAGUGUGACUGUAUGAGAGAUUAGCAUGAGUUUCGUUGCUCAAUCUAAUUGAAGCAAAAACCAAAGAGUUUUUAUAUUUGGUGGGAUUUAUCAUGGACUUGACCGGGUCGGAAAUGCAAGAACCGAGCAUAGACACGGAUAAGCUGAGCUACGAGAUAUUCUCGAUUCUGGAGAGCAAGUUUUUAUUUGGUUAUGAUGAUCAGAAGCUAUGGGUGCCGAAGCAGAUCUCUCCGCCGGCGGAAACAAAACCCGAGGCGCAGCCGGACUCCGUGAUCAAGAACCAGAGAGGCAAAAUCUGCAUACUCAGCAUCGACGGCGGCGGCAUGCGCGGGAUUCUCUCCGGGAAAGCCCUGGCCUAUCUCGAGAACGCGCUCAAGCUGAAAUCGGGCAACCCCGACGCCAGAAUCGCCGACUACUUCGACGUCUCCGCCGGCGCCGGCGUCGGCGGCAUUUUCACCGCCAUGCUCUUUGCCACCAGGGACAACAGCCGGCCGAUAUUCAAGGCCGACGACACGUGGCGGUUCCUCGUUGAUCAGGGGAAGAGAUUCUACAACGGCCGCGCUGGCUCCUCCGGCGGGUUCCUGCGGUGGUUCAUUCGCGGCGGGUCCGGUUCAGCUUCCGGCUCGACCGCCGCUGCCACCGCCGGGCUGGAGAAGACGAUGAGAGAGGCGUUUAAGGAUAAUGACCGGAGCUUGACCCUGAGGGACACGUUGAAGCCGGUUUUGAUUCCCUGCUACGACCUCUCCAGCACGGCGCCGUUUUUGUUUUCCCGAGCCGACGCGCUGGAGACGGAGAGCUACGACUUCCGCCUCUGGGAGGUCUGCCGCGCCACGUCAGCCGAGCCGGGGCUGUUCGAGCCGGUGCAAAUGCGGUCGGUGAACAACCAGACGCGGUGCCUGGCCGUGGAUGGCGGGCUGGCCAUGAGCAACCCGACGGCGGCGGCCAUCACGCACGUGCUGCACAACAAGCAGGAGUUCCCGUUCGUGCGAGGCGUCGAGGACCUUUUGGUCCUUUCCAUCGGGAGUGGGCAGUUUCUAGAAGCGAGCCACGAGUACGAGCAGGUCAAGAGGUGGAAGGCCAAGGAGUGGGCCCGCCCCAUGGCCCGCAUCUCCGGCGACGGCUCCGCUGACCUCGUUGACCAGUCCGUCGCCAUGGCCUUUGCUCAGUCCGGCAGCUCCAACUACGUCCGCAUUCAGGCGAAUGCGACAAGCUUGGGGAGGUGUGGUCCAAAUGUAGAUACAGACCCGAGUCCUAGCAAUGUCAAGAUGCUGGUGGGAUUAGCUGAGGACAUGCUGAAGCAGAAGAAUGUUGAAUCGGUUCUAUUUGGCGGCAAGAGGAUCGCAGAGCAGAGCAAUUUCGAGAAGCUUGACUGGUUCGCCGGAGAACUUGUGCUGGAACAUCAGAGGAGGAGUUGCAGAAUAGCUCCCACUGUUGCCUUCAAGCAAGCUGCUCCUAAAGCCACUUAGUCUGAAGCUACCACCAAUUGAUAACCAAAAGAUCAUAGAGGCUUGUUACAAAUGAAGAAGAAAAAAGAUGGAGACGAGAGGAAAGAAAAGCAUGUAAAUCUUUGUGGGGAUUUUUUGCCCGCCAAUGGACCAUACAUUGUGGGUCUGCACUCCACCUUUCAACAAUGGCUAGGAACAAAUGUGGAGAAAAAGCAUGAGAGAGAUAGAGUGAGAGAGACUGAGAGAGUAAAAGCUUUUAAGGUCAAAUCAAACAAGAAUCCAAAUAUUCAGGUGUGAAUCUAUUGCAUUUCAAAUUGAGGGUUUAGGGUAUUACACUUUUUUUUUUAAUUACAACUUUUCCAAAUGCUUUUCCAAUUUCUGUCAUUUCAUCCUAGCUUAGUCUCAAGAAACUUGAGAGUGGGUGGUGGUGGUAGGGAACCCAGAACAAAAAAUUGUCCAAAGCUAUUUGUUUCUGUCUUUGGCAUUUGGUCUCUUUCCCCUAUAAAUAUUUUCUCAUUUUGAUUAUAGUAGAUUGUAGUGGACAAUAGUUUUUCAGGGUGAGUAUCUCUUCAAGCAACUGACCAAUAUCUCCUCUGUGGGUCUUCAUGGCUACUAGUUGUUGGAACCUUAUCAGAGGGAGAAAUUUUCUUUAUUUUUUUUUCUCUCCUUUUUAUUGGCAUGAACUGUAUAAUAUUGGUUUUGGGGUCCUCCUCAGUUUGUAAGUUUGAUGAAUGAAGAAAGAAAACUUCCUCUUUUUGUACAUGUUUUUAGUUUUAAGAAAGUGGUGGUGGGAGUUGCAUAUACAUGAUGGAACUUUGAUUUGAUUCUGGUAUGUGUUUUUCUUUACCUUUCUUGAGUU